AAGAAUCAGCAAAUCCAAAGCAAGGCCAUCCCCUUUCUUUCUCGCACUUCUAUAAAUACUUUAGUAGUAUAUUAGAGGGAGUAGUACCCGUUCUCUUACUCUUCAGUGCGAUGAGUAGUGGUAGUAUAUAAAUGCACACCUAAGCAAAGAGAUCAAGGGAGAGAUUAAAGCUGAAAAGGAAGCGCAGUUCAACUGAACAUCUUCUUUCUUUCAGGCGAAAUAGAUAGAAGUAUCUAAUCUGAGAGAAGCUAUUUUUCAGGCAAAAUAUCCUAUUUCUUUUUACUAUCUUGACAAAGUCUAUUGAGCCCACUUUUGAGAGUUCUGUUUAAUGCACUUUUAUUCAUCCUUUUUCUCCAGAUGAUCUGAACACCUCAAGCUCAUUUUCUCUAUUCAGAAAAUAUCAGUAUUUGACAGGAAUUUGUCUCCAGGGAGUUAUUGAACUUCUGCAACAGAGAAAAGUAGAGCUGUGAAGCACCAAAGCACCAAAAAGGAUCUCUCUUUCCACCCUACACUUGUCACUUGAAUCCUGAAAGUCUACUUUUAAAGUCUCAGUCUUUACGCUCUUGAUCCCAGCUCAGCUUUAGCUCAUUCACUCAUCACAAUCACAUCUUGAAGGCUAUACUUUUGUCUGGAAGGGAAGAAUUGCAGUUUUUCGUUAAGAAGAUGACGGGUCAGCAGAAUAUGUUGAAAAUGAUGUCACUGAAGCAUUUGCUGGUGAUCUCUUUGGCCUUAAAUGUUGGUUUGAUCUCGAGAGUCAUGGAGGUUUCAAGAGAGGAAAAGCAUGUAAAGAAGGUCAAGGAUGAUGCAGGCUCUAAAACGGUGUCGUAUUCAUCCUUUUUACCAACUAGUACAGCAGCACCAGCAGCUCAAGAUGAUGGGAGUAUCAUCAAUCUUGAUCACGGUGAUCCGACAAUGUAUGAGAGGUAUUGGCAGCAGAUGGGGGACAGAACCACUGUUGUGAUCUCGGGCUGGCAACUGAUAAGUUAUUUUUCUGAUGUCCGAAACAUUUGCUGGUUUCUGGAGUCUGCAUUUGCGAAUGCCAUUGUUAGGUUGCACAAGCAGGUUGGGAAUGCUGUAACAGAAGGGCGUCAUAUUGUGGUUGGGACAGGUUCCACGCAACUCUAUCAAGCUGUAUUAUAUGCUCUCUGUCCGGAAAAUGCUUCAGAACCGAUGAGUGUGGUGUCAGCUGCUCCAUUUUAUUCUUCGUACCCGCUGAUGACCGAUUUUUUGAAGUCUGGACUCUACAAAUGGGCUGGUGAUGCUUACAAAUUCAGCAAAGAUGAACCCUAUAUUGAGCUUGUAACUUCUCCUAACAAUCCAGAUGGAGCAUCACGAGUAGCCGUUGUUAACCGCAAACAAGGAAUUUUAGUCCAUGACCUGGCUUACUACUGGCCACAAUACACUCCUAUUUCUUUCCCUGCGGACCAUGAUAUCAUGCUGUUCACAUUCUCCAAAAGCACCGGCCAUGCUGGUACACGCCUAGGUUGGGCUCUGGUCAAAGAUGAAGAAGUUGCUAAAAGGAUGACUAAGUAUAUAGAGUUAAACACCAUUGGUGUGUCAAAGGAUUCACAGAUACGUGCAGCAAAGAUUCUAAAUCAUGUGGCUGAUAGCAUUGAACAUGGUCCUGAAUCUAAACAAAGCGAUAAUUUCUUUGAAUUUGGGUAUAAUCUCAUGGCACUGAGGUGGGCACAGCUUAGAGCUGCUGUGCAUAGAAGUGAUCUUUUCAGUUUACCCAGCUUUCCUUCUGGUACCUGUCGUUUCAGCGGUCAUCAUUUCAAGCCACAACCAGCUUUUGCAUGGUUAAAAUGUGAAAGGGACAUAGAGGAUUGUGAGAGCUUCCUACGUUGCCACAAGAUUUUAACGAGGGGAGGUAAGCAUUUUGGAGUUGGUCCAGAGUAUGUGAGGAUCAGCAUGAUGGCCCGAGAUGAAAUUUUUGAUCGGUUUACAGAUAGAUUAUCUAUGAUCAACUCUUGAGAGCCAUCAUAGGUAGGGUAACUUUGUCAUAUAGAAGGGAAAAGGGUUUAGUAUUUUAGACAUACGUGUUUGUAAAGAACUAGAAUGAUAAGGAUCUUAGUCAUUUUCUUCAUUUAACCUAUCAUAUAAUCUUUUCGGUAUUGUCAUUUUAUUUUGGAA